ACACACCCCCCCGCCCCGGCUCCAUCCCAAGCAUGGGGUUCUACACAGAGCUCCAUCUCAAGAUCUGAGCUGAAACCAAGUCAAGACAUUUAACUGAAUAACCCAUCCAGGCACCCUGUUCUUGUUCUUCAAACAGAGGAGAUAAGAAUCCUUGUUGUGGGAGGAUUAUGGAGGCAUCAGCAGAGAAAUUUGGGUAGAAGAUACAUCAGGGAAGGACGGUCUGACUUUUCCUGAACUUGGAACCAGCUAUGGCCUUAGUGGAGUCCAGGGCACAGGUCCAGUAUGUCCCUACUUGAGAAAAUAUGGGCCACCCCUAUUGGGGGGAAGUCAGCGGUGCAGGCCCUGAAAGAGAAUUCACCCAAGGCAGAACAAAGGAGAUGAAAUUUAUUGAAUACACAGCAAAAGAGCAGCGGGCAGGACAGCAAAGGAGAGACUGCCAGGAGGCAGUGGUCGGGGGGCUGAGGUUAAGGGGGAGGGGGAAGAGUUAAGGGACCUUGUGGAACUUUACUUUUUUUAGUACCUGUGCAUGGUUGUAAGCAGCCUGUUGCUCAGCUAGGACCUACAGCUAUUUCGAGGUGGACCUGUUUGCAGUCAGCCCCGUGGCGGCUGUAGGCCCUUUUAUUUUACCUUACUGGGACUUCAUUGCCCAUGCCUGUUCUCUGAAAGUGGCUGUCACAGAAAGCCUUGCCUGAUGACCUUGGCAUGAUGGUGACCUUGUUUGUAGCUCCACCUGUCUGGCUAACUUCAUUAAUGAAAUCACAGCUCAGGUUGGUGGGUUGGUUGGUAGUGUUCCUGGGAGUGGAUUCUCUGGGCUUGAUUCAGAGUUCCCCUAGCAACACGGGUACCUACCCAUUUUGUGAAGGUUUUCGAACCUGCUGGUUCUCGAAAUACAGUAUAACAUGAGGUGAAGACCUUGUAUCUAGACUUGGACUGCCUUAAGUUUGAAUCCUUGCUUCAUUUAUUUUCUGACUCGCCAAACUUAAAAUGACUUAAUUUCUGCUCUCAUGUCUUGAGAGUUGUGAAGAAUAUAAAGGAUGUGAAGGUCUUAGAUCACCUGCCACAUAGGAAGUGUGCAAGGCUACAGGCUCUUUUUAUCUCUAGUAAUCUUUAGGAAAAGUCAGUCACCUCCCUUCUAGACAUUUGAUUCUUGUGGGUUAAGUGAAGAAGAUAGUUAAGUGGUAGAGUCUCAAAGAAAGUAAGGAGGGUGUUGCAAAGAAAGAGGGAAGGUUGGGGAUGGACUGUGUGCAAAGGUGUGUGGUUUUGUCAGACCUGAACAGGAGUUCGGUUUUGAGUCCAAGUGCAACGGAGGGUCACCAAGGACAGGGAAGGGUUUAAGUAAGGGCCUGAUGUGAUCUGACUUGUGAUCCAGUGCUUUGUCUGGCUGGUUUCUCUGAACGGCUGGCAAGAAAGGGAACCAGAUAAGGAACUAGAAACUGAAACUGCCAGUAGUAAUGGAAUGUGGAAAACAAGCGGACUUGAAGGUCUUCAAAUCCAUCCAGAUCUUGAUAGAUGAUCCAUAAGGAGAUAAAUACAAGGGAUUGUGAAGGCAGAACUUACUGGGGGUGGGACUAAAGAAACAGCUCUCUUUUCAUGGGUGCGAUGGUCCAAGUCCUGGGGGCCCUAGCAUGGUUUGUGUGGGUUACCCCCCACUCUACAAACUAAGCUUCUUCAGGACAGGGACCCCAUCUCUUUGCUGCUCAGUGUGUUUCUGGCACCCAGUAUGGAUUCUGCACUUUAAAAUUGGACGAACGAUAGAUUUGGAGGGGAAAUCAAACAGGAGUUCAGAUACCUGUUAAAAAAAGUUUCUUCUCAAGAGGGGAAAUGCCUCCAACACACACAUACAGAGUCUAGACCAAGGAGUCCAUCUUCACCCUUUUUCUGCACCCCCCUUUGUGUCUGUGUCCCCUAGUAGAAUAGCUGCCCUUCCAGUGGAGGGAGGCAUCGCAUCCCCCAUAGGCCUGGGGCACUUAGGGGCCUUUGAGGGGAUGCUUCGAGAAGAUCCAUUUCCGCCAGGUAAAGCACCGUGCUUCAAGGGAACCACUAGGGGGCGAGCUGGUACCAGCGAAGCGAGGGCCUCGGGCACCGGCCCUCGCUCCCUCACCGCGCAGGGCGAGGCCGGUGCGUCCCGACCCACUCCUGCGCCUCCUCAAGAGCUAUUUGACAGUGGGGGCGGGGCUUGGCUUCCGAGGGUAGGCGGAAGUUGCCGAAAGGGCUCGGGGGCUUUACGCUCCGUCGGCCUCGCAAGGAGGCGGAAGUAACCGAUUAGCACCGGAAGUUGUCCGGGGCUGCCUGCGCUUGUUCGCAAGUGCGCGGGGCGCCAGUUGCCAUGGAGCCGGCCGGGCCUUGCGGUUUCUGCCCGGCCGGGGAGGCCCAGCCCGCGCGCUACACCUGCCCGCGCUGUAACGUGCCCUACUGCUCGCUGCGCUGCUACCGGGCGCACGGCACCUGCGCCGAAGACUUCUACCGGGACCAGGUGCUGGGAGAGCUCCGCGGCCGCAGCGCCUCACCCAGCCGCCUGGCCGGCGCCCUACGGCGGCUGCGGCAGCAACGCGAGACCGAGGAUGACCCCGAGGACGCGGGCCUCAAGCCUGGCCCGGCGCCAGGUGGCCUCACCAGGCUCUGGGAGCUGCUGGCGCCGGCCGAGAAGGCGGCCUUCGAGCGGCUGCUGAGCCGUGGCGAGGCCGGGCGGCUGCUGCCCCCGUGGCGGCCGUGGUGGUGGGGCCGCGGGGCCGGGCCGCGGCUUCUGGAGGAGGUGGAUGAUGCCGCGGGCCGUGACCCUACGGAGCUGGAGCCCACCCCCGCGAGGACCCCACCGGAACCCGCGAAGGAAGCCGCCGCCGAGCCGUUUCUCGAAGACGCUCCCGAGGCCCGCUCGCCCACCGUGCCCUCCCGGAUCCCCACGCUGGCCAGCCUGAGCCGCAGCCCGCCCUCGCCGCUCGUGCGCUUCCAGCUGCCCAACGUGCUGUUUGCCUACGCGCACACUCUUGCCUUGUAUCACGGCGGCGACGAUGCGCUGCUCUCCGACUUCUGUGCCACGCUGCUUGGCGUGUCGGGAGCACUGGGUGUGCAGCAGGUCUUUGCCUCUGCCGAGGAAGCCCUGCAGGCCGCAGCCCAGGUGCUCGAAGCAGGCGAGCAUCCUCCCGGGCCCCUGGGCACACGGGGCGCCAUGCGCGAAGCUGCCCGCAUCCUGAUGGGCGAAGGCCCGGCAGACCAGAAGGGCUACACGCUGGCAGCACUGGGGCACCUGGCACAGACCCUGGGCCGGGCCCGGAAGCAAGCCGUGACCACAGAGGAGCGAGAUCGCCUCUACCGGGCGCGGAAGAAGUGCCAAUUCCUAUUGGCUUGGACCAAUGAAAAUGAGACGGCCCUCACGUCGCUGGCUCUGGACUGUGCCAGGGCCCAUCGAGCCCAUGCUGUGGCAGCGGAGGAGGUGGCAGCCCUCACCGGGGAGUUGGAGCGGCUUUGGGGAGGCCCCUUGCCACCUGCGCCAAGAAUUCUCAUCAAGGAACUCCCGGGCUGAUCUGGGAUCUCCCUGUCUUUAAUAAAGCUGUGACUGGUCUGCCCUGUCA